AUUUGAAGUGUUCAAUAAGUUUAAACGUUGUAACAUAUGUGUCUCUUACUUUCAUAAAUAUGUCGAUUUGAGUGAGAUUAAAUAGUUUGAAAAACAAUUUGGUAGUGUCAGAAAAUUAUGAAAUUUGACGGCCAACAGAAUGCCACAAGUCCUAAGCACACUCCUCCAGAUUCUUCUGUAGCAGAAAAUCCUAGCCCUCACCUUAAAUCUGGCACCAACAACAAUUUCAGCACCACCCAAGAUCCUGAUGAACUCAAUACAACCUCAACAAAAUCCCUAAGACCGGAUCUGGAGAGCAAUUAUAACUCCACAGCACGUACUCGAAAUUUCUCAUUCUCCAGCUCGUACCAUCCGAAUAUCAGCACUUUCAAUAACCGAAUCGACAGUUCUGCAAACCUAGAUAUAUAUCCUUAUAAGCCCAUUGGUGCCUUCACCGUCCUUAACAGCGAAGAAGGGUUAAGCCCGUUGGGUAGCAGUAAGCCUAACGCAAUUGUGCGCCCAAUUCGUCGUUUCGACAAUCAGGAGUUGGCGUGGUCUGCUCGUCAGGAUGUUACAAAUGGAGAAAAUACUCUAUGGUCACAACGGAAGCAUCACCUAAAAGAUAAUUUAAACUCCACCUCAUCGAAGAAAAUGACCCAUUUUUCUUUGGCAAGACCAACCACAGAGACUACUGAGCAGUUAAGAGGCAAACUAAAUCGAACACUACAUAAUUUGCAUGAGACAGCUGAGACAUGGAUCAGUUCUAGGCACUCCUCAAAUGCAAGCCAACAAGAGAAUGUAGUUAAACGACCCCUAUUCAUCACUACAGUACCCACUGGUGUCUUCUUGCCACCUCCGAAAGAGCCUCCAUUACCCUGGUUUCUAAGGCCUCACAUAUAUGCAUACUCCUCACAUCCGGUUGUGCUUGCAACUGGCAAUGCCGCAGCAUCCGACGGCGAUAAUGAUAGUCCAGUAGCGUCAGCUAAUAUCCCCGCUGGCGGUAAAGUAUUAUCGUCAAAUCAGUUGAAAAGUGUAAUUCCUAACCCAAAAGCGAAUGCAAUUUCGAGUAUUGCUCCCAACCCAACUACGAAUGUGAAUGUCCUGACAACAAAUGGUUCACGACGUGGUCAGCCAUCUCCUCCAUCUAAAUAUUCUUUGACGGGUGGUGUAAACCUCACCCAACAACAAUUUCAUGAACAAAUUCAGCAACGUCGUGCAAAAAGAGAUGUUCCUCCACCACCAUACCGUAAUGUCAUGUACGACCGCCGGGUAAUACGUGGAUCCGUAUUUGGGACUCAACAACUUUUGGAAAACUCAGACCCUUUUGAUAAAGCAGCUGAGAUUCGUCGACGCCAUGCUAUAAGGAAGCAGAAAGUAUGUCGAAGUCAACGCAAUGUUCUUGGAACUCCACCGCCUGUUAACGGUCGACGCCAUGAAGUUAUUCAAACCGAAAAAUAUUUGGAAGAACUAGUACAACGUCCCCCGGAAUUCUCAGUAGAUACACAGACCGAUUUGUUCCUUGAGAAACCACCUGAACCUCCUUAUAUCCCUGCCAAAGUAGGUGUAGAUGCUGCAACUGAAAUUGCCGACGGGGAACUUUUCCACUUUGAUGCUGAAGCUCAACCUAUAAUCGAUAUACUUGUGGAUGCUUGUAUCGAACAAAGCAUGUUGGAGGUUGCGCAUGAACAAGAGAUUGCUGCACUUCGACAGAAACAAGCCGAAUUCAUGGCCCAACGGGAAGCAGAAUUAGCAGAACUUCGUCGCCUUGAAGCAGAGGAGUUACGCUUACAAGCCGAAAAAGAGCGUCGCUUACAACAGGAUACCAUUGCCAAAGAAUUAGACGAAGAAAUGCAGAAGAGCGUAACUGCUGCUAAAUUAUUGCAAGGUCAUAUUGCUGGUUUACUGCCUGAGGUUUUGGACAACCUUGAACCAGCUACAGACGCAGCAAAGAAAGAACAUCUCAUGAAAACAAUUGCACCUUGGUUAACCGUCGAGGUUGCAGAGGAGGUUGGCCAUAUCGUGGACUCUCGCGAGAUACUCACCGUCAUCAUUCAGGAGAUAAUCAAACAGCGUGCAACUGCCUAUGCUGGUUACAAAGAAGACAUACCGCUUGAAACAGUAAUAGAACGUGGUGAAGAUGAUAUGAUUGAAGAGAUAACAAAAGAAGAAAUAUGUACGUGUGAGUCAAGUGAUAUCAGCAGUGAGAAAACAGAUAAAUGCGACGACAUGUCAAAGAAAGUGUGAUCAAAACUGAAAAUUGUUUAAUAUUAAAUGAUUUAUUUGCUCCCUAAACCUUUUGUAUUAACAAAAUAAUCUGAAUGCAAAUUUUGGAUAUUCAGAUACAAGCAUACAUAUGCAGAUGGACAAAAAUUUCUACGUGGACGAUUUCUGGCUAUCAUCAACAUCAAUCAAAUAUUGAUAAUUAAUGAAAAUUAUGUUGACGCUUAUGAAUAUUGAUGACAUCGAAGGACAUUGCUGGUUAUGGAAUUUGGAGAAAAGAGAAGUCACAAGUUUUAAUUAACGAAAUACUCUAACAUUAUGGAGCAAUCUUCAAUCCAUCUUAAAUGGAUAAUCUCAUAGUGUUGGUGUUAAUUGAUUUGCGACUGCUGUAUUCUUAAAAUUCACUUUUCGGGCUUUUGUUAAAUCUAAUUGGGAAGCUGUCGAAUUGAAAAAAAAUAUUGCCAUAAGCAUUGUUUAUUCCUUAUAUACUUAAAUAUAUAUUUCAAUAUUAUAAAUAAAUAAUGUUAAUAAAUUUGUUUCCUUUGGCUUGUAUUAAUAGCAACCAACAAGCACCCAUCAUA